ACGCAUGCCGAAGUCAAGAUGGUGGCCUCCAUGAUUCGUUGUUACCAGUUUGUUGGUAAACAUGGCUUGGCCUUUUGUUCCCGGCCGCUGGGGUACUUAAGUUGGAGAGGUGAUGCCGACACGUUACACAGGAGUCAAGCCGCAGCUGCAGCACUGCAGGUGCGAUAUGCCUCGGGUCGCAAAGGUUUUUUGGGAGAGUUUGUGGAUAACCUUCGUCAGGAGUUCGGUAAGAAUCAGGAGAUGAAGGAGAACAUCAAGAAGUUCAGAGAGGAGGCCAAGAGGCUGGAAGAGUCCGAUGCGCUAGAACAGGCGCGGAGGAAAUAUAAGUCUAUAGAAGCAGAGACCGUGAAGACCUCAGAAAUAUUUAAAAAGACACUGGGCUCGUUGUCAGAAACAAUGAAGGAGAGCAUUGAGGAGGUGAGUCGCACGGACAUUGGGAAGAAAAUAAAGGAAGGUGUGGAGGAAGCAGCACGUAGCGCCAUGCACUCUGCUGAGACGGUUUCCAAAGGAGGACAACGACUGGGCAAGACCAGCGCCUUCCAAGCUAUCUCACAGAGUGUAGAGUCCAUGAAGAAGGAGAUCGAUGUUGGCGAUGCUGGACCUUACAGAGCUCCCCCUCAGCUGAGGAAGAGGAGUGAUUUUUCCUCGAAGGGAGCAGAUGGUGACAACAGAGUAUUUGAAGCCAAUGAGGAGGCUUUGGGUGUUGUUCUCCACAAGGACUCAAAGUGGUACCAGCAAUGGAAGGACUUCAAAGACAAUAACAUGGUUUUCAACAGGUUCUUUGAGAUGAAGAUGAAAUAUGAUGAAAGCGACAAUGUCCUCGUCAGAGCAUCCAGAGCUGUGACCGACAGAGUCACCACCGUCCUCGGCGGUCUUUUCUCUAAGACAGAAAUGUCUGAAGUGCUGACUGAGAUUGUGAAGGCAGACCCCAAAUUUGACAAGGACUCUUUUCUCAAACAGUGUGAGAAAGAAAUCAUCCCAAACAUACUGGAGGCUAUGAUUCGUGGUGAGCUGGAUGUAUUGAAAAGCUGGUGCUAUGAAGCGACAUACAGUCAACUGGCCCACCCCAUCCAACAAGCUAGAGCUUUGGGAUUGCUGUUCCAGUCCAAAAUCCUUGAUAUUGAUAAUAUUGAUUUGGCCAUGGGGAAGAUGAUGGACCAGGGCCCAGUGCUCAUCAUCACUUUCCAGGCCCAAGUCGUCAUGGUGCUACGAAGUCCCAAAGGAGACAUCGUGGAAGGAGAUCCGGAGAAGGUAUUGAGGACGAUGUAUGUUUGGGCGCUGUGUCGUGACCAGGAGGAGCUGAACCCCAACGCGGCGUGGAGACUCCUUGACAUCUCUGCAUCCAGCACUGAGCAGGUUCUCUAGGAGGAAAAGAAGAGGGGGAGGGGGAUGUCGGUGAAAAGACACACAAACUAGAAAUGACGAUGAGCCUGGAAUACCUACAUGUACUCAUGCUCACUGAAAGGUUCGUCCGAAUCUGGGUUCAGUUUUGUGGAUUUGCACACAAUUUCUCCUUUUCCAUCACCAUUAAGGGGCUUAAUGUGCACAUUUAUAAAGAUGCAAAACUUAGAAGAAGUCUUUGAUUCCAUGGAUACUUAUCAGUGGACUCUUGUUUUCCAAGUUUGAUCUGAGCCUCUAGGCUACAUUUUGAAAAAGGAUGGCAGCAACUUGCAACAAGCAGGUUCCCGACCCCCGUGGUCUCAUCUCAUGGCAAAGUCCAGCCAGGCAGCCACAUGGUUUCUACACGCUGGGGACUAAACUACAUGCUUGAUCAGUUCCUAGCAGGACAUAAAAAGGAAGCUUAAUGCUUCCCCGCUCAACUACACUGAAAAUUGACAUUAUGUAUUUAUUUAUUUGCAAAUACCUUCCAAAUUUCCCCAUUUUGGGACAAUUAAAGGUUAUCUUAAUGCUUAAUUUAAGCGGUAAGCAAAUGCACGUUGGGUUUGAAGGAGGAGAGGUCAUCACAAUUAUUAUACAUUUUGUUAGAGUCAGCUUCGGAGAUGUGUUUGGUGCCGUGAAAAAGUAUUUGCCCAUUUCCUGAUUUCAGAUUGUAUUAUCACUAUUAUGGGAAUGUGAGUGCAAAUGAUUGUUUGUUUAUAUGUGCCCUGAGAUUGGCUGCCAACCAGUUCAGUUCUGCCAACCAGCACGUCCGCAACCCUAGUGAGGAUAAGCGGUACAGAAAAUGGAUGGAUGGAUGGAUGGAUGGAUUAUUAUUUGCUGAUUUGUCACAUGUUUCGGAUCAUCAAGCUAAUUAUUAUAUUGCACAAAGACAACCCCAGUAAAUACUAAAUGCAGUUUUUAAAAGCUGAUUUGGUUUAUUAAAUGGGGAAAAAAAUCUAAAUAAGUGUGGCCCUAUGUGGAAAAAGUAUUUGCGUCUUCCCCCAACCCAUACCACCUGAUUUGUUGAAUCAAAAAAUUACUUAAAUAGUACCUUUCAAAGUAAAGUUGGCAACUCAAUAAAUGUGUCACAAUCUAAAGACAUUCAAGAACAAAUGAGAAACGCAGUGAUGGAAAUCUGUAUCAGUCUAGAAAAGCUGACAAAGCCAUUUCCAAGGCUUUAGGACUCCGGCAAACCACAGUCAGACAUUAUCCACAAAUUGAGAAAACUGGUAACAGUGGUAAACUGUAGUGAUUGGCCAGAAGACGACUCAUCCAGGAGGCCAUGAAAGAACUUAGAACAAUAUCCUUCCAUCCAUUUUCUGAGCCGCUUCUCCUCAUUAGGGUCGCAGGCGUGCCGGAGCCUAUCCCAGCUAUCAUCGGGCAGGAGGCGGGGUACACCCUGAACUGGUUGACAGCCAAUCGCAGGGCACAUACAAACAAACAACCAUUUGCACUCACAGUCACACCUACGGGCAAUUUAGAGUCCGGAGUGCCCGGAGAAAAAUCACGCAGGCACGGGGAGAACAUCCAAACUCCACACAGGCGGGGCCGGGAAUCGAACCCCGGUCCUCAGAACUGUGAGGCUGACGCUCUAACCAGUCGUCCACCGUGCCGCGAACAAUAUCCAAAGAAUUGCAAUAACCUUGUCACAUAGUGCCAGAUAGGUUGGUUUUUUUUUGUCCCCUGUUAAUUAAUAUCAUCAUUUAGAAUUUUGUAUUUCCUCCGGUUGUCUUUGUUGAGGUAUUUAAAUUUGCUUGAUCUGAAACAUUUGAAUGUGAUAAAUAUGCAAAAACAAAAACAAAUUCACAGCAUUGUAUACAGAAUAGUUGCAAUCAAAAGUAUUAAGCCCCCAUUGUAAAUUUCAAUUAUUUUCAAAAUAGUACAAACUUUACAGAUCCACUUUCCAUAAAUACUUAGCUUUGUUUUAAGUUGUUUAGAGCCAUUUAAAAUAGUUUUGAAUUGUUUUCAAGUCACUAAAUGUUUGUAAAUUUUGCAAAUCUAAUUUAAAUUGAGUGUUCUAAUCUUAAAUGCGCCUUUAGUCCUUUAUGUCCUCCUAUUGCAGCAUUUUAAAUUGAGCACAAUCAAAACUGAGUUUCUGCAACUUGGCAUUUUUAAUGUUGAAGAACUUUACAGAAUUUUGGCUUGUUCAGCAGAUUAAUACAACAAUCGAACCACUUACAGAUGUAUAGCUUGUAAGAAAAAGUCUGAAGCAUCUCAGAAAAUCUUCCCCGUGAAUAUUAUAAUGUUCAGGUUAUUUAAACCACAUAAAUGUUAUGUAGCUUCUCAUUAUAAUACAGUUACAUAAUUCAUCAUGAAUUCAAAACAAAACAUGAAUUCCUCUUACAGUUGUUGGAUUAUACCUAAUAAAUCAUUCUCCAUAUGCGUUUAAAUGUAAAUAUAUGGGACCAUAUUCCAAUAUAUGAUGAAGGAGCCUUGUCAGACUGUGGGUCAUCUUGCACUUCCUUAUUGAGAUGUUUGUUGUUGAUGCUACAUGUUGAAUGAGUGAGUUUACCAUUCUUUUUUUGUAAAGACUGUUUUUACAUUUUAUUCAUCACAUUUCACUUUGAACCGAACAGACUAUGAUUGCUUUGCACCAAUUGUACCGGUUUUGUAUUUCACCAUCUGAUGAUACGCAUUGGAUUUGAAGUGCAACAUCCCAUGAAUGCCCAAGUUGGUUCGUUCUUGUAUUUCCGCACAAAAAUGCUACUAGUGUUCAACAAAGUAAAGACAUCUAUCAUGA